ACCAAACAAACUAAAAAAUUUAAUCAAAACAAACCAAUUAACCAAAUUAAUAAAACCAAAUUGGUUAAAUACUACUGGUUAAAACAAUUACAACAACAACAAUGUCAAUUGAACACCCCUAGUUGCCCAGGGUUGUUUUGCUUUGUUGUUUUCUCCCCUUAUUUUGAUAACAACAACGGGAAUUGGGAAGUGGGUGAAACGAGCCAAGCUUAGCUACCUACGUAACAAGUAAAAUCACCUGAAGAAUCUUUUCCAAAGCCCAAAAAUGGUAACAUAGCAAUCUCAUUACAGGAUUAUACGAAUCAUACGGGAAUUAUUUGAAUCUACACAAGACAUAUCAUCACCUUCUUCUCUCGACAAUUACAGGAUCAGGGAAUCAUUAAAAAAAAAAGACCAAAAUAUAACAUAUCGAUCCAUCGCCUAGCGGUAGUAGGGAAGCCGCACAAAUAUGAAACGUCAGUUACUCGUCUAUGCCUGAGAAGAUUCAAGCACAAAAAAGUUAGGAAUUGUGAUACUGAAGCUACCGUUCACACGAAUCAGUUGAAACUGUAGGGUAUAUACCUUGUUUGCAAUGUUAUUGGACAGCCAAUCCAGUCCCUCGUAAAGCCCUUCACCGGAUGUAGCACAGGUGCUCUGGAUAUACCUGAAACAGAAUCAUCCAUUAGUGACGAGCUAGCCAUUUCCCUCAUAAUUGCCCUUCACCAGAUGUAGCAGAUGUCCACUGGACAAACUUGUGAGAAAAACAACUGUGAAGCGAAACAAAAUAGUAUACCAGUGGCGCUGACGAAGGGAAUGAAGGCCGAGCUUAUCAGUGAUCUCAGCAGCAUUCAUGGCAUUAGGAAGAUCCUGCUUGUUUGCAAAAACAAGGAGAACAGCAUCCCUCAACUCAUCCUGCAUAUUGGACAGGGGGCAGAAACGGGGAGAUUAGAGAUGAAAGAACAAGCUUCAAUUAUGACUUGUGAAAAUCUAGCUCAGAGAAAUAUGUAUGAACACACCUCGUUCAACAUGCGGUGGAGUUCGUCCCUGGCCUCCACAACACGGUCACGAUCAUUGCUAUCAACCACAAAGAUCAGUCCCUGGGUGUUCUGGAAGUAGUGUCUCCACAAGGGUCGGAUCUGUUGUCAACAACAACAACACAGUCCAUUUACAAACAACAUACAAUUAUAGAAGUCCAUGCAACCUACUUUAGCUGCCAGAAUCAUAUACAAAAGUGUGAUACAUAAAAGCCAAGACAAAAGAAGAUGUGAGUAGGAGAAUGGCAAACAUGUUUGCCACGACAUGUACAUAGCCUUAACUCCAUAUGAUGGAGAAAAGGCUUAACAGACAAGAUGGCUCCAGUCAAUGUAGCUUAUGAUAAUGUUGUGUGCUAAUGAAUUAUGUUCUUAUUAGCACAAGACCGUCAAUAAGCACAAAAGAAGAAAAAGCCGGUGAAUAGGCAGUAAUAAUGAGGGAUUAGUUCCAGACUGAUCCUCCCACUAAACAAGUACAAGUACAAUAGUAACGACUAAUGCAAGUGACCAGUAACAUGUUUGCCACGACAUGGAUAGCCUGACCUCAUAUGAGUAAGGAAAAGCUCGAAAGACAAGAUGGCUGGGUAGAUGUAGCUUAUGAUUAUGCAGUGGGCUAAUGGUUUAAUUUAAUAUUAGCACAGGACCGUAAUAAGCAUAUAGGGUCGUGAAUAUGUGAAGGCAAAAUGACGUAGAGACAGCAUUUCCCAACAGCUACUCUCACAGAAUGGUGAGAGCUAAUUGGUGUUGGUGCAUGCAAGUAACCAGGACAAGAAUCUUAAGAGAUGGUACAUCAAAUAACAUUACCGUACAUUGAUCAAACAUGUAAUCACAAAAUAGACAUUUCUGCCACAACAUGGAUAGCCUUUCCUCAUUUGAUAAAGGAAGAGCAUGAAAGACAAGUUGGCUCUAAUUAGUGUAGCUUAUGAUUAUGUUGUGUGCUAAUGAUUCAGUUUUUUAUUAGCACAAGACCGUCAAUAAGCACAAAAAACAGCCUGUGAAUAUGGAAAACUAAAAAAAGAAGAUAAGUUAACACAAUGGGCACUUACCAAGUGACCAGUACCUAUGAACAAGAAAUAUUUGCCACAAUAUGGAUAGCAUCUCCAAAUUUCAAAUAGAAAAGGCUCGAAAGACAAGAUGACAAUCUUCAAUGUAGCUUAUGAAUAUGUUGUGUGCUAAUGAUUUAAUUUCUUAUUAGCACAAGACCGUCCAUAAGCACAAAUUGACACAUAAAACUCACAUAACGUACAGUUAAGAUAUGAAAUUUCAGCCAAGGAGCUGAUAGCCUUAUCCCAUUGACUGGAGAAAGAGCUGAAGAAGCCCAAACUGGCUCUGAUAGAUUUAGCUUAUGAAUAUGUUGUGUGCUAAUGAAGGCAACUAAUCAGCACAAGACCGUCAAUAAGCACAUUCAGGUUUAUCUCAAUAAGGCAACAUAGCAUCAGUUUUCACCAUCAAAAGAAGCCUGUCUAGAGCACUUAAGUAGACUACAUUUACACAACUAGACACUCAUAAAAGUUGCAAUGCAAGCACAGCAGGCAGAAAAAUAGUGGUAAUACCAGAUUGUCCGUUUCCAAAAUAGAUGAUAACAAUGAAGAGUAACCAUACCUUGUCCUGACCCCCAACAUCCCAGACGGUGAAGCUAAUGUUCUUGUAUUCCACAGUCUCAACAUUAAAUCCUGAUGACACAGAGCGCAGCAUUAGAAGCAGUUUAGUUGAUUAAAUAUAUUCAAGCUCUACUACUGUGGUUGGCAUAAACUAACCGAUUGUAGGAAUGGUUGUGACGAUCUCUCCCAGCUUGAGCUUGUACAAGAUGGUGGUCUUACCAGCUGCGUCGAGACCCACCAUAAGAAUCCUCAUCUCUUUCUUGGCAAAAAGCCGGCUGAAGAGCUUCGUGAAUGACAGACCCAUCUUGUUCUUCUGCACCAAGGGCACAGCAAAUUAGCGAGCAACAAUCAGAAAGUAAUAACCAAAAAAAAAAAAAAUCAUAAGCUAAGCUCCAAGUAGCGGCUGUUCUAGUCACAGAAGAUAGAAAAUUAAUCAUCAACAAUGAACAUUCCUCGCAGGU